AUGCGUCUGCUUUGCCUUUUACUCCUUUGGACUUCUGUUUUAUAUGCGAAGGAAGAUGAAGAGAAGAAAUUCUCACUUCACAAACUGUUUACAGAGUUCAAACAAUAUAGAACUACUUUCUUCUACCAGCACAUUUUCGCGAUAGGCCGGCCCGUCAAAUUGCCGUGUUUCCAGAAAGGUCACGGCCCUAAGCAAGGCGUUCAUACGUACAACUGGACUCACCAAGGAUAUUUAAUAUCUGACACAAGUGCUUUUAUCAGUGCUCAUCUAGACAGCGACGGAAACCUUCUCAUUAGCCAAAUUCUAGCCCGAAAGUUGACUAUUUGGUGUACCACGCUUUCUGGAAGCUUGAAAGCUCUGAAACCCCAAAAUUUUGCACAUCGAAUAGACUUCUACGACCCCACCUUUCGGCAAACACUCCUAGCAAUAGACCUCAAAGUCAAUAUUAACCAGACAGAGAGAAGCAAUUUUGCGGCUUUUGCUUUCGGUCAACAGUUCAACUGUCAGGUGAGGUCUUCGGAAGAACCUGGACCAAUUCCGGAGAAAAACGAGGAGACAGAAGUGGCCCCGCAGAAGAGAAUUAUGCUUCAGACUGUAAGAGAUGCCUGCAGCAAGUCUGUUGACUGCAUAGGCGUCAGUCUGGACUUCUUCCGAUGUUCGAUUGACAUCGACCAAUUGAAAGCCCUCUACAGUUUCGACCUCAGCCUACUACUCACAAACGACUUUGGUUCUAUUCUCCUCGCAGACAGCAAAGUGUCCAACGUGCAUGAACAAAACGCAGAGGUAGGUAUACCUAGGCUGUUUUGA